UAACAAAACAAAAGACGCGACUCGGCAGCUGUAGCAUAGAUCAGAAAAGGUUUGGAGAAGCUGUCAGUUUACGCUUUUAAUACACGGUCGGAUGAGUUUACAGGGAUCCCGGGCCAGGAAGACCCAGCGAUACGCGCUGCUGAUUAAAGGAAAUAUAUAGGGAAAAUAAUUCAAUCUUAUUUCAUGAAAUAUUUUUGGAAAAAUCAGAACGGAGGGGAUUUGCGUGGGAAAGAAUAUAAACGCUCAUAUCAGACUCUGCGUUGAAAAAAACGAGGCUUUCAAACGGUCUAGUUGGCUAGGUUAUAUGCAACUCCAAUACGUCCUGGAGUGGAGGCUGCUGUCAUUGUAACGGCUUCAACCAAACCGCAGCAGCGCUAAUCGAGACACAUAAAUGGGAAAUAUAAGAGCUAGCUAGUUUGGAAAACACGGUGCUGGAAUUGUGCACUCUUACAGCUGAGGAGUAGAUACACGUUUAAGUGAUCUCGGUCAAUGAAUUAGUCUACACAGACGGGCGGUGGAACGGGAGAAAUAUGAAAUGCAAUAAAAGACAUUAAAGAAACCUCGCUAUCUCUAGGACUGUGGCCCUCGUGCGUGGUCCACAACACACUACUUGUGAAUGAGAAAGAAAGCGGCCGUGGAGAAAUCCUAUUCUCCACCUCCGUCCGAAAGGGAGAUCAUUGUUUUUGCGUGUGCAUUUCUCUUGUGGUGCAUGUGUGGGGCGUGCCACACACCCACUCCAGAACAACGACGGCUUUUGCUUGCAUCUUCCAGUGUUUCUUCUGUCAGCAAGUCCAGCAGAGCUGCAGCACAUCCAGCCCCAGCCCGGAGGCCAGCGAGGAACCCCACAGUGAGAUGGUGAAGAUGACCAAGUCCAAGACCUUCCAGGCCUACCUGCCCAACUGUCAUCGCACCUACAGCUGCAUCCACUGCCGGGCCCACCUGGCCAACCACGACGAGCUCAUAUCCAAGUCGUUCCAAGGCAGCCAAGGACGAGCCUACCUCUUUAACUCUGUGGUGAACGUGGGCUGUGGGCCAGCGGAGGAGCGGGUUCUCCUCACCGGACUGCAUGCCGUGGCGGAUAUCUACUGUGAAAACUGCAAAACCACCCUGGGGUGGAAAUACGAGCACGCGUUCGAGAGCAGUCAGAAGUACAAAGAAGGAAAGUUCAUCAUCGAGCUGGCACACAUGAUCAAGGACAACGGCUGGGAGUGAGCCCCCUGCCCCCUGUGUCUGACCUCUGACCUUUCCCCGCUCCGUCAGGGGCCGCUGGAGGGCGGUCUCCCAGACUCACGCACCAAACUUCAUGACACAAGACAUUUUUACAGAACUGACCGGCCGAGGCGCUGCAGACGGACCCACAGCCCUGCUCCAGUUCUUCACACGGACGUGUGAUCCGGCGCCAGACUGGUUCUGAUCCGUUACUGUCGCUGAUGUGCUGUUCUGUCCUGCGUCUCGACCACUGUUCAGAGGAGAAGCCCUUUCUCUUCAGCGGACACUGUUCCUGCGUUCAGUCUUCUUCGGUUUAAUGAGGGGGGGCUCCUGUGACACGGGCUGAUGUGACUGGCCCUUCCCAUGACUCUCUGCCUGCAGGGUGAAUACAGACAGUCUCCAGGAGAGUGGCAGGGAGAUGGGGAGGAUGUCCUGUAGCAGGUGGCAGAGUUUGGGGGUGGGUGGGGGGGUAGUGUUUUGGACCCCCUCUAUUUUAACGUGUUUCCGUUAUUUUAUUUCAGUUUGUUUUUUGUUGUUGUUCUUAUGAUG